AUAUAAUGGAGUAAUUUGAAUAGCAUAGAGAUAGUGAGAAAUAAGGAACAGAUGGUGGAGCAAUAAAAAAAAGGAUAAAGAAAAAUAAAGGAAAAAAGUAAGAAGUUAAUGAGUAACAUGUUGAAGAUUGUAGCAUUUGUUAUGGUUAAAUAGUUGAUAAAGUAAAUUGAAAUAGAUAAUGUUAGGGUAUUAUAUAGACAUGUUAGCAUACUUAUUGUUUCGAUUGUAUUGACAUCUGGGCUAAAUAAAAUAAAACAUGUCCUUAAUGCAGAGUCCAAUUUAGCUAGAUUUUAAAGGUUUGGAAAUAAGGAAAAAGUAAAAGAUAAAAAAUGUACGUUUAUCCUGCCAAUGAAGUGAACUUAGAUGAAGAAGAUUUAAUAUCUCUUAAUUAUUUAUUGCCACCGAUAUAUUAGAUGCCUUUCUUCUAAAGAAUAUGGAGUUUACCCUUUGUAAAUUUAAUAUUAAUAAGUUCAGAUUCAGAAUGA